AUGAAAUUGGAAAAUCUUGUCGAAGGUCAUGAACGGAAACGUCUUGCAUUCGUCACACAAUUAAUGAAGAUGAAUAAACUUGACGAAGCCGAAAAACAUCUUCGUCAUCUGCAUGACACAAUGCCUGAUAAUCAUAAGGAUAUUACUUCUUUGUACUCUAAACUCGGAGAUCUUGCAUUCGAAAAAGAAGACUUACCAAAAAGUCUCUAUUGGUAUAAAUUAGCAUUAGACCGAAAACAAAAAAGUCUCAAAGGAAAUGAUCCUAAUCUUGCCGAUAGUUACAACAGUAUUGGCAAUAUCUAUGCAAAGCAAGAGACCCAUGAAGAAGCACUUAAAUAUUAUCACAAAGCUAUGGAGAUUUGGAAGCGAAAUUUUGGUGAAGAACACUUAGCUAUUGCCGCAUGCCUCAGUAAUAUAGGUACGAUUUACGACAGUCAGAAACAAUAUUUAAAAGCACAUCAGUACCAUAACCAGGCCUUGACGAUUCGUAGAAAACUUCUUCCUUCUGAUCAUCCAGAUGUGGCUAAGUCGUUACAUAAUUUAGGCCAUGUCUACAAAAGUACCGGCGAUUUCAAAAAAGCGUUACAAUAUUUCGAAGAGUCGGUUCUAAUUAAAGAAAAGUCACUUUCAUUCAGACAUCCAUUGAUUGCCUUAACAUGGGAGAACAUGGCUGACGUUUACGAACAGAACUCUGAAUUAUGGAAAGCCCUCAGAUAUUACGAAAAAGCCGCUGAAUGUUACAAUACUAAGGAUGAAUCCUUCAAGGACAAGCUGGCAAAUGUUGAAAAAAAUAUUCUACGUCUUAAGAUGAAACUGAAAAAAAAGUAACACUACUUCAUUUUCAUUUAAGAAAACAUGUAAACAUUAAUUAAUAAAUGGUCAAAUAAAUCAGAUCUAUGUCUCUUUUUUGUCUUGUACUAGAGUAUAUAUAUAUAUGUGCAAUCGAGUUGAAAAAAACGACCCUAAACAGGCAAGUGAUCGUUACUAUCAAAAAUCUUGUCGAUAUAAUGUUGUGAUGACAAAUUUAAGUGUUGAUUAACUUUCUCAUGCUUAGUCUUCUUUAACACUAGAGAGAUUCGCCUAUGUUGAAAUCGUUUUGCAAUACAGAAUUUUUAGAUCAUUUUCAAAAAGAAAUUAGAAGAUUGUUUUCUUGUAUUUAUUAAUGUACUUGCGCUAAAAAAAAGGGUUAUGAAAAUAAUCGAAUGAAAUCAAUAAUUUAACUAAUUUGAUAGACAAUAUUUUACGAUGGAGAAUAAAUCAAUAUAAAGAAACAACUCAACUUAAAUUCGUAAGAUAAAAAUAAAAUAAAAAUUAACUUAAGCUAAAAUUGAUAUGUGUAAGAAUGUUAAAAUAAAUAAAUUAAUUUAAUCGAGUAAAACUUAUCCUAAAAACAAAAUAGAUUCUUUGUUGAUGUUUUGCUAUUGAAUUGAUUUUUUUCACUUAUUUGUAUCACUACCACCAUCUUGUCGUUUUAGUAUAUUUUUAAUCAAUGAUCAACACAUCCAU